AUGGUAUCUUUCGACUUCAUGCAAAACCUUCUGACGCCCAAUCUAACUCACAAUGAUGUGUUAAAAUACAAACGCCAGCUCUGGACGAACGUCUUUGGAAUACAUGACAUGGUGGUAGACCCUGGGUAUAUGUACUUGUGGGACAAGACGGUAGCAAAGCGCGGAUCAUUGGAGGUGGCCUCCUGCCUUAGGCACUUCUUUGAAAUCUAUCGGACAGGGGCAAAAUCAGUGGUGUCUUAGCCAGACGGUUGUGGAGGGCAGAACAAAAAUUUGACGGUCCUCAGUCUUUACAGUGAGCUACAUCAACAAGGGGUUUACGAUAUCCUAGAUCAUAACUUCUGAACAAGAGGGCAUACCUUUCUGAGAAACGAUUCAGAUUUUGCCCAAAUUGAGAAAAGAAAACCCAGUGAUUAGUGUAAGGUUGUGGAGGAGGUAAACCGGCGGAACCCUUUUCAGGUGGUACAGAUGAAGCAAAGACAGUUCUUUAAUAACACAUAGAGGCUAAGUAUACGAACCGCCACACUGCGACCGACGGUUUAACUUUUAGAGAUGCACAUUGGCUAAACUUCGGUUGGGGUUUAGAAUCAACUCCAUCCCUGAACAGGUCAGUGUUUAUUCAUCACCCCAAGGAGGUGUGUAUGAGAGAUACCUAUUGUGCGUGAGAAUCGUGGAGGAAAGUAAAAAUAUGGAAGGAGAGGGUUGGGGACGUUUCUCCGGAGCAGCUGUACCAUGAGCCUAUCGUACCAACACCCAAAAGGUACGUGACCUGAAAGAGAUGGCUCUUACCCAUGUACCUUCACCACGAGACGUUUACUUAAACUUGGCAAACUCCUGCGGUGGCUCUUACCCAGACAAUCAAGCCAGCGAAACUAAAGUGUAAAAAAAAAAAAAGUCCUAUGAUGAAGUCGUGUUAUGAAGAGAGUAACAGUGGUUCUGCACCAAAGAGAAAAAAACCCAGUAAAAUGACAAGCAGACACCGAAACACAGUGGAAUCCAUUGCAGGCAAGUCUCUUUUAUUCAUUUCAUUGAAGGAAUAAUUAGAUUUAGCAUUGGAAGGUCUCAGUAUUUAUUUUUUAUUCAAAGUCUCUUAUUUUCAACGGUCGCCUGUAAUAAGACACUGGCGCGUCCACGAGAAAGGUAA